AAGGGCUGGGGGCGUGGCCGGGGCGGGGAUACGGGUCAAAGUAUAAUACUUGUGAGAAGCCUUGCGUGGUACCUGCUUCCAGGGUGCGUGGUGAUAGGGUGCGUGACCAUGCGGAAAGUGGUUUUGAUCACCGGGGCGAGCAGUGGCGUUGGCCUAGCCCUCUGCAGGCGGUUGCUGGAGGAAGACCAUGAGCUUCACCUGUGCUUGGCGUGCAGGAACAUGAGCAAAGCGGAAGCCGUCCGCACUGCUCUGCUGGCCUCCCACCCCACCGCCGAGGUCUCCACCGUGCAGGUGGAUGUCAGCAGCCUGCCGUCAGUGUUCCAGGCCUCCAAGGAGCUCAAGCAAAGGUUUCAGAGAUUUGACUAUGUAUAUCUAAAUGCUGGGAUCAUGCCUAAUCCACAGCUAAAUAUCAAAGCACUUUUCUGUGGCCUCUUUUCAAGAAAAGCGAUUCAUAUAUUCUCUACAGCUGAAGGAGUGCUGACCCAGAGUGAAAAGAUUACUGCCGAUGGCCUCCAGGAGGUGUUUGCAACCAAUGUCUUUGGCCACUUUAUCCUGAUUCGGGAACUGGAAUCUCUCCUGUGUCAUAGUGACAGUCCAUCUCAGCUCAUCUGGACAUCAUCUCGUAAUGCAGUGAAAUCUAAUUUCAACCUUGAGGACAUCCAGCACAGCAAAGGCCAGGAGCCCUACAGCUCUUCCAAAUAUGCUAUUGACCUUCUGAGUGUGGCUUUGAACAGGAACUUCAACCAGCGGGGUCUGUAUUCCAGUGUAGCGUGCCCAGGUACGGUGUUGACCAAUUUGACAUAUGGAAUUAUGCCUCCCUUUGUGUGGACGUUGAUCAUGCCAAUCAUAUGGCUGUUCCGCUUUUUCGCAAAUGCUUUCACGUUGACACCAUACAAUGGAACAGAAGCACUGGUUUGGCUUUUCCACCAAAAGCCCGAGUCUCUCGAUCCUCUGGUGAAAUAUCUGAGUGCCACCACUGGCUUUGGAAGCAAUUACGUAACGUCCAAAAAGAUAGACCUAGAUGAAGACACUGCUGAAAAAUUUUACCAAAACUUACUGGAACUGGAAAAGGAUAUUAGGGUCACCAUUCAAAAAAGCAAAAACCAGAGCUGAAAAUGGUGCUCUCUGAGCACCAUUUUCAUGCCUUCUGUGGAUUCUGGAGCACCUGGGUUUCUGAGUUGGACGGUGUGCAUUUGUGGUAAACUGUGAGUUCUGAUUUUCUCUUUGUUUCAGAAUUACCUCUAUGACUGUGUGUGUGUUUGUGCAUGUGAGAAAAAGAUUGAUAAAAUAUAAUAUAUUCUUAAGAAUGGUGUUAUAUCAAAAUUGUCCUAAGUGUCCAUCAUUGGAUGAAUGGAUAAAGAAUAUCUGGCACAUAUAUACAAUGGAAUGUUACUCAGCCAUAAAAAGAAACGAAAUUGAGCUGUUUGUAAGGAGGUGGAUGGACCCAGAGUCUGUCAUACAGAGUGAAGUAAGUCAGAAAGAGAAAGACAAAUACCGUAUGCUAACACAUAUAUAUGGAAUUUAAGAAAAAAAAAUGUCAUGAAGAACCUAGGGGUAAGACAGGAAUAAAGACACAGAUCUACUAGAGAACGGACUUGAGGGUAUGGGGAGGGGGAAGGGUAAGCUGUGACAAAGCAAGAGAGUGGCAUGGACAUACAUACACUACCAAACGUAAAAUAGGUAGUGGGAAGCAGCCGCAUAGCACAGGGAGAUCAGCUCAGUGCUUUGUGACCACCUAGAGGGGUGGGAGGGAGGGAGACGCAAGAGGGAAGAGAUAUGGGAACAUGUGUAUAUGUAUAACUGAUUCACUUUUUUAUAAAGCAGAAACUAACACACCACUGUAAAGCAAUUAUACUCCAAUAAAGAUGUAAAAAAAAAAAAAAUUGUGCUAGUCACAAUUUGUUUAUUCUGUGAACUGCAGCCCAAGCUACACUUCAUGGGAUGAGGUGUAGACUUGAAUAAUCAUGACACAGACACACACUGGUUCUCCUUUUCACCUGCCCCAGCAGGAGGAAAUACUGCCCAUUCUCUGAGUGGCCAUCUUAGCCUUGUUCCUUUCGAGUAGUUUUCCUAGGUCUUGUACCUUAUUUCUUCUUCCACAUGCUGCUUUUACCAAUCCUAAUACAGAUGCCCAUGUAAUUAAUCAUAGUAACAAAGAAUAUGUAUUUGGGCCACUUGAAUUAUUUUUUUCUUAUUUUAAAAAUGUCUUUUAUUGAGAUUGAUUUAGUCCAUGUUAAUAGUGGGCCUGACCUUUAACACAAUUUGCAAAUUUGUUUAUUACUUACCCACUCGUUUUCAUGACAUUUUAGUGGAUGUAAUCUUGCAGCAAAAAUGAUUUAUUCAGAUUGUUUCAAUGAAAUUUUCCAAUUGAAUAAUUACUGGUGGAAUGUCUCCUGGUAUCAGUAGUGGUCGAAAGUGGUUAGGACUUAGUUUGCAUGAUAUGAAGACAAAAUGCUAAGAUGCUUAGAUGUUUCAACCAACACCUGUAAUAUAACAGUUACAGUUUGAAUGAGUUAAUGUGAAAAAUUAUAUGUAAAUAUAAUUUCUUUACAUUUUAAAGUAUGGAUUUUUGGUUAUACUUUAAGUUUGUUGCUAAAGAUAUUUUUAAUAACAAUAAACGUGAAAAUGAGGGCUGAACACUGUCUUCAAGAAAGAAGGGUAAAGUUGGAGAGCUGAAAGCAGAGCUGGUUUUUGAUCUUCUGUUCACUCGCUGUUAAUUGGGAAGAAGGACUUUGUUAUGGAUCUCAAACUCUUCAUCUGUGAAGGAAUUAUCUUUCUGCUUCCUUUGUUCAUGGGUAUGAAGUGAGCAUUAAAUGCAAUAAUAUGUGAAUGAAUAAAGAGCAUUUUUUGAGAA